UCAACAUCUGGGACAGGAAGCCUCCGACACUCGGCUUCAGUCCAUUACUGCGGGCGGUGUUUGCGUUGAUUUGCAGCGCGGAGCCCGGAUGUUUCUGUACUAUUUAUAAGUGGCAUGAAAAGUUGGAGCCUUUUUUUAUGGCUUACGUUACCGGCACAAAAAGAGGACUUGACUUGGAAAAGACAAACUUUUCCAUACCUGAAACUCAACGCCGGCUCAGGUAGCACACCUGGAUCUAUCGUGACGCUUCAGAGGAUUGACUUGAUUAAAUAACCCAGUUCUAGUAUAUAAUGCUUUGAAGCGCACACGGGACAUGAUCUACCUGUCUGCCUUCCGUUUGUAUUGUUCCUAAUUCUCUGUUGAUCCUCUGAGCUGAGCUGUGUCAUUAAUCAUGGUUGAUGGAGGAAGUGCUGAUCUGGCCCCGACAGCCGCUGUCAAGAUCUUUUCAGCCGGAGCAGCUGGCUGUGUGGCCGAGCUGGUCACUUUCCCUCUGGACACAGCCAAAGUCCGACUGCAGAUUCAAGGUGAAUCCAAGUCCGCAUUGAAAGGCCAGAGGAUGAAAUACAGAGGUGUGUUCGGCACCAUCUUCACCAUGGUGAAGACGGAGGGCCCGAGAAGUCUGUACAACGGCCUGGUGGCAGGGCUGCACAGACAGAUGGGCUUUGCCUCAGUCCGCAUUGGCCUGUACGACACCAUGAAGCAGUUCUACACCAGAGGGUCGGAAAAUGCAGGAAUCGGGACUCGGCUGCUGGCGGGCUGCAGCACCGGAGCGAUGGCGGUGGCCUUUGCGCAGCCCACUGAUGUGGUGAAAAUCCGGCUCCAGGCUCAGGUCCGCCAGCCCGAGAGCAACUCUGUGAAGAGAUACAGCAGCACUUAUGAUGCCUACAAGACCAUCGCCAGGCAGGAGGGGAUUAGAGGGCUCUGGAAAGGUUGUCUGCCAAAUAUAACUCGUAAUGCCAUCGUAAACUGCUCCGAGCUGGUGACGUAUGACAUCAUUAAGGAGCUCAUACUCAAGUAUGACCUGAUGACAGACAAUAUGCCGUGUCACUUCACAGCAGGCUUCGCGGCAGGUUUCUGCACCACCGUCGUAGCAUCUCCGGUGGAUGUGGUGAAAACACGCUACAUGAAUUCAGCGCCUGGGACAUACAGCAAUGCUAUUAACUGUGCAUUGACCAUGCUGACGAAAGAGGGACCCACAGCUUUCUAUAAGGGAUUUGUGCCCUCCUUUCUUCGCCUUGGUUCCUGGAACAUUGUGAUGUUUAUGAGCUUUGAGCAAAUUAAGAGAGCUGUCACGAGAUUUCAACAGUCCCGGGACUCUUCGCUCUGACCUGUCUGACUGCUGGUUUGUCACUGGAUUGGUGUUAUUGUUGUAGCAAGGCUAGGACAGUCUGGACCACAUGGCACAUACUUAGACGAGACAGUGUGGUUAGACUGCUGCUGGUCUCGACCUGUUUUGCCUCAGGGCUUAAAUUGCACAUCUAACUAAGGAAGGCUAUCUCAAAGGAAAAACUCCAGGGAUGAUUAAUAUUGAAAUGUUACUGACUUGCACACGUGAUUCAAAUAGAUCUUUUCUAGCAAUGUUUCUACUAAUGUUUUCAAUUGGCCUUUUUCACAGAAAAGUAUGAAUGAUAAUAAAUAAUGUUUUGGUUGGUCUUAGUAUUGUGAUGACUCACUGUUAAGGCUACGGAGACACUUACCUGAGUCUUCGGUAAAGUUGUGACUAAUACUUGUGCUUUUCCUACAAUCACAAAUCAAAAUGUCAGCUGAGAAAAAUGCAUAUUUACAGAGUGAGGUCUGGUGUGGAUGAGGAUGCAGGGCUUCCCCGGGUCAGAUUAAUCAAGCACAGUCAUUUAUUGGUUCAUUGGUCUUGGUUGGGUGUUGCAUUUCAUAUCUGGUUUCAGGUAAAACAUUUAUGUUUUUAUAAUGUGUAAAAAUUGUAUUUAAUGGAUGUACAUGUUGAAGUUGCAAUUCUCUGUUUUCCAAAGUCUCUUGAUCUUUAAAAUGUCAGAAAAAUUUCAAAAAUACUCAUCCCAAUUUCACUAACUAAACUAAACACUCCCAAGACCAAAAUGUAAAAAUACAAAUAUACAAUAAAACAAGAAAAAACAGCAAAUCCUCAAAAUGGAGAACCUGGAACUGGGAGUAUUUGAUUUGAUUAAUAGUUGUUUUUGUGUCAGUUGACUAAUUGAUUUAUCAACUUAUCAUGUUUGCUCUAUUAGGAAUGAGCCACAGUUCUGUAGGCUAUACUGCCAAAGUAAGUUUCACGAAUUUACCACUUAAAUAUUAAAAAUACCAUCCAAUGUAUCUAUGAAUGGUACACAUUGUAUAGAAAUAGAAAAGUCUAAAUGUAAUACGGUAGGUAUCAGUGAAGCAUGCAAUUAAAACGGACACUGUAACCACACCAACAAGACAUGCGAAAUACAGUAUGAAUGGAAUAAACCA